AGAGAUGGCUUCGGGGGCGCCCGCCCAGGUGAUGUUUGAGGACGUGGCCGUCUAUUUUUCAGCGGCUGAGUGGAUGGAGCUGGCGGAGUGGCAGAAAGACCUGUAUCGGGCCGUGAUGGUGGAGAACUAUGAGGUGGUCGCUUCGCUGGGCCAUCUGUCCGUCAAGCCAGAGCUCAUCUGCAAAAUAGAGCGAGACGAGGAUCCGUGGAUGGAGGAGCCCCGGGAAGCCCCCAAGUGGAAGAGGCCCCAGAGCCCCUGGCUGGGAGAUGGAAUUAGGAUGGCAGAGGAGGAGGAGGAAGGCGAAGGGGUGGGCCCAAUCCGGCAGCGCGCGGCCCGGCGGAAGAGAAGGAAGAAGGCCCCCUCUCCCGGGACGGAGAAGCCGGUGACCCGGGCGGAACAAGCGGCCCCCGUGCCGGAGAAGGGCGGCGUCUCGCGGGGGAAGCUGAAGGCGAACCCGCCCAAGUGCCCGGAGUGCGGCAAGAGCUUCCUGAGCAACGUGGCCAUGACCAUCCACAUCCGGACCCACACCGGGGAGCGGCCCUUCCGGUGCCACCUGUGCCCCAAGGGCUUCCCCUCCAUGGGGGACCUCAAGCGGCACAUCAAGACGCACCUGCGCAAGACGGGCGCCCCGGAGAGCGGCCCCUCGGGCCCCAGGGCCAAGAAGUGCCUGACGGCCAAGCUGCAGCUGCUGCGCCAGCUGGGGGCCGCCCCGGGCCCCAAGAAGCCCCACACCUGCGCCCAGUGCGGCAAGAGCUUCGGCAAGAGGCAGGACCUGCGCAAGCACGAGGGCACCCACUCCCCGGCCCGGCCCUUCGCCUGCCUGCAGUGCGGCCGCCGCUUCCGGCUCAAGCAGAUCCUGGUGGCCCACCUGAAGGUGCACGUGGGCGAGCGGCCCUUCGCCUGCGGCCAGUGCGGCAAGCGCUUCAGCCAGAAGCACCACGUGGAGAGCCACCAGCGGGUGCACACGGGCGAGAAGCCCUUCGCCUGCACCACCUGCGGCAAGCGCUACUCCCAGAAGCAGCCGCUCAUCAGCCACCUGCGCCUGCACACGGGCGAGCGGCCCUACCGCUGCGCCGAGUGCGGCAAGGCCUUCCGCAACCAGGCCACGCUGACCAUCCACAACCGCAUGCACACCGGCGAGCGGCCCUACCGCUGCCUGCUCUGCGGCAAGGCCUGCAGCCAGCUGCAGCACCUCAAGAGCCACCAGCGGGUGCACCGCGGGGAGCAGCACCUGAUCGCGGCCGGCGACGGCAAGGCCCUGGCCCUGAAGAAGGCCCGCGAGGUGCAGGAGAAGCCCUACCCGUGCGCCGCCUGCGAGAAGCGCUUCCGGGACGAGGCGAUCAUGAAGGCCCACCUGAAGACCCACCAGGAGAAGAAGGCGCCCGCCAGAGGCCGAGCCGUAACCAGCGGGGCCGGCACCGGGCACCCCCCGCCUCUCCCUGCUCGGACCCCCCAAACCCUGCCGGAGCUGAAAGCGGGGCGCCGAGGAAGAGGCAGGGGCAAGAAGCAGCCCGCCGCCCCCGCCACCACCCAGCCGCCGGGCGCCGCGACCGGGAAGGGCGCCGUCAGGUGCGCCGACUGUGGCAGGAAGUUCACGCAGGCGAAAUAUCUCACGCUUCAUCGGAGGAGCCACCGGUGAGGGGGGCUGGUUGCCGCUGGACGUGAGACGCUGGGGGUGCAUUUGAGGGAAACCGUGUGAGCAGAACCUUUGUUUGGGGCAGCUAGUGUGUGAAGAGUGCAGGAUGCAACCUUUCAGCUUAUACAGCAAUCUUCUUCCGGCCAAAUGGUUGUGUGCUACCUCCAGUAUCCGAGGAAGUAAGCCUGUGUGCACCAGUUGCUGGGGAACAUGGGUGGGAGGGUGCUGUUGCAGCACGUCCUGGCUUUGUGGGUCCCUGGCCGACGGCUGGUCGGCCACUGUGUGAACAGAGUGCUGGACUAGAUGGACCCUCAGUCUGAUCCAGCAUCAGGGCUCUUCUGAUGUUCUUAUAUGCUGAAGAUAAUGGGGCUGGAAAAAGGUAUGUUUCUAGCUAGGGCUUUUAAUGGAUUUUUAGCACUGCUCCGCCACAAAUUCAUAUUUUUUGCCUUCCCUCUUUGGCUAGAGGGAACCUCCAGCCUGAAGAAGAUUUCUGUGAAACUUGCAAGCUUUCAUCUUUUGCACCAGUUAUUCUAAAUGAACGUCUUUUCUCAGUUUCUCUGUUUUUUAUUCGGUGGAUCCAGCUUGGCUACUAUGAAUUUGAACUCUUUGUCUUAGCUCUGGAACUAGCAGGAGGAGAACACAGCAAGCCUUGGUGACUUGUGGCGGAGGCCAUGGGGCGACUGUGCCGCGUGGGAAACGUCCAGCUCAAACAACAACAGCAGCAAACACCUCGCCCCAAGCCAGGACAACUCUUCUACUGAACCCGCCUGAACUGGCGAUGUCCAAAGCAGGAGAGAUCAUGGGAUUCAUGCCGUAGGAAUGGAUGGCGGCCACUAGCAGAGGUGGUGUUUUAAAAGGGUUACUCCAAAGCCUCGAGGACAGGGCUGUCCUUAGCUGUCAAUAGUUCAGCAAGAACAUAGGAAGGAUAGGAAGCCAUCGGACUCCACUUUUGCUGCAGUGGCCAGCAGGGCUUCUCCAGGGUUUCAGGUGGGCGUCAUCCCCAGCCCUGCCCAGCAACCUGGCCCCUUUUGCAUGCCAAGCAGGUACUCUACCGCUGGGCUUUUCCCCAAUGUUCACGGGCAGCGAUUGCAGUUUCCCAGAUGCAAGGAACAAAAAGGUGCAGGAUGCAAUCUUAGGUUGCAGAGCAAUCUUCCU